CAAACGCAAGUUUACUUCUGUGCAUAUCACAACGCCCCAUCGCCAGUCUUUCUGUAUGGAGCUUGACGAUGCAGGUGGUCUGUCGCAGACCGGAGAGAACAUGUCAGCGCUGAUGACAAAGUGGAUUUCGGCGAUUGGGCCGGAGCGUUUCUGUGCGAUCGUUUCGGAUGACGCUGCCUAUGCACGAAAAGGACGGGAACUCACAAUCAAGAAAUAUCCUCGAAUGCUCAACUUUGCGGACGCAUGCCAUAACCUACACAAUACCUGCGAGGACAUCUGCAAGCUGGAUUGUUUCCAGGAGGUCAUUGCCGAUCUUCGUGGCAUUCUGAGCUACAUGUCAAUGUCGAGCUAUGCUUGUCAUUGGUUUGAUAAAGCACGAGACGAGCUCAAGAUCGGACGUGGACUGAUGAGCCUCACAGACCAUCGAUUCGGGUUUGUAUACUGGAGUCUGGACUCAGUCCUUCGCAACAUUCCAGCCUUUGUUUCUAUUGCACUCACGAAACACUUUCUGGAUGAAGAAGACACUUUACGUUUCAAGAAGAGCCUCGAGCGUCUCGGCGCUGUUCUAAUGCCGUUUGCGCGUGCCAUCCAGUGUCUUGAGUCACAGCAAGUAACAGCUGCUGACGUGUAUCACUACUGGCUGGCUGUAACAGCGCAAUUGCAUGAUCUCUUUGUUCAGGACAAGAGGGCGGUGCGGGCGAGAUACGCAAAAGUUGUCGAAGUUGGGGUCGGUCCGAACAAAGUGCACAAGAUUCAGAAUUCAAUCAAGGAGCUUAUCCGGUGCAUUGCCAACUUUCGGUUCACACAGCUUAUCGAAAACGAAAGGGCUUCAAAUGUGUAUCUUGCCGCAUUUACUUUGGACCCCGAUACUCGAGGUGUCUCUGUCCUACAGCACCCCAACCCCUUGAUCCUUGAGCCCGUGGUCAUUAAUCUGCGCAAUGGUCAACCCUCUGUGACACGUCGCUCCCCGUUCAUUUCCCGGAUCGGUGAGGUGCUCGGAAAACUGCUCGAGAUCGAGUAUGGGAAUGAAUAUCGGCCGGGCCGUACCAUCAAGGAAGCAAAAGAAUCGAUGAGGAAGAUCAACCCAUACCUCGCGGAAUUGACACCGGUUCAGGCUCUGGCCGCGCUCGAAGUACAAAUACAGCGGUAUCUUGAUGGUGAUGAGCCGUUCGAUCGCAAGAAGAAACGUUCUGACAUGGUGCGAGAUUGGUGGAUGCCAUUGCUCGCUCAUAAGGAUGCCCGAGUUCUCGCGUUUCUGGCUGUGAAAAUCUUCUCUGCAAACCCGACUUCAAUGCCCGAUGAGCGUGCCAUGUCCACUGUGACAUGGCUAAACUCGAAGUUCCGUAAUCGGCAAAAGGUGGGAACCUUGUCGAAUCAUCUUGUUGUCCGCAGCUUCCAUCGAAUGGGUGUCGAGAAGCGGAGCAAAAAGCCGGUCACCAUCAACUGGCGAGAUAUCCGUGCCACAGCUCACAUGAAACAAGCCGAUGACUCAUUGGAUGAAGAGCCGAACGCCGGGCCCAACUCGGACUUGACCUCAGAGACCAUGGAUGGCAUUGUUGAGGCCGAACAUCCAGAUGAUCCACUUUCGUGGCUCGAUGAUGGCUUGCCCGACCUGCGCACCAGUGCCGUCGAUUACUUUGAAUUACAGGUCGACUUUGACAUCACCCAUUACAUCCAUAUUCUGUCGGACAGUGCGCCGAGCAACAGUCUUACUCUUACAGGCACCGACAAAGAGGAAGCUGUUGAUGAAGAUGAAGAUUUAGAUCAAAUGGAUGUCGAUGCUGGGGACGCAAUGCCUGCGAAAGGAUUAUGGUCCGUGUGGGCCACCCAAACGUAAAUUACAGCGUAAAUUACACCUAAUUUACCGGUAAAUUACCAAAUUUUCUCUAGUAUGCCCUCCCGCUAAUUAGCAUGGUAAAUUACGGUCAAAUAGAC